CUGUGUAUGCCCAAAGGGCUGUCUUUCAGAACACAGGCAGAUAACAGAGAUCCACAGCUCCAUUCGUUCAUCAUCACCAGAGAAGAUGGCUCUCGUACGUACGGGUUUGUGCUCACGUUCUACGAGGAGGUUACAAGCAAGCAGAUCUGCACAGCCAUGCAAACGCUCUACCAGAUGCACAAUGCAGAGCAAUACAGCAGCGUCUGUGCCUCCUCCUCAUGCAGCAUGGACUCCCUGGCCAGCAGCAUCGAUGAGGGAGACGCUACUUCCCUCACCAAGCUCCAGCGGUACAAUUCCUACGACAUCAGCAGAGACACGCUGUAUGUCUCCAAAUGCAUAUGCCUCAUCACCCCUCUGCCCUUCAUGCAAGCCUGCAAGAAGUUCCUGAUCCAGCUCUAUAAGGCAGUGACCUCCCAGCAGCCACCACCUCUGCCCCUGGAGAGCUACAUCCAUAACAUCCUCUACGAGGUGCCCCUGCCACCCCCAGGGAGGUCGCUGAAGUUUUAUGGGGUUUAUGAGCCUAUCAUUUGCCAGAGACCUGGGCCCAACGAGCUGCCGCUCUCUGACUACCCGCUGAGGGAGGUCUUCGAGCUGCUGGGCCUGGAGAACCUGGUCCAGGUUUUCACCUGUGUUCUUCUGGAGAUGCAGAUCCUUCUGUACUCACAAGAUUAUCAGCGUCUGAUGACAGUGGCAGAGGGGAUCACAACGCUGCUGUUCCCAUUUCAGUGGCAGCACGUGUACGUCCCCAUCCUUCCUGCCUCUCUCCUGCAUUUUCUGGAUGCUCCAGUUCCCUACCUGAUGGGGCUGCAGUCCAAGGAGGGAACCGACCGCUCCAAGCUGGAGCUGCCUCAGGAGGCAAACUUGUGUUUUGUAGACAUCGAUAACCAUUUCAUUGAACUGCCAGAGGAAUUCCCCCAGUUCCCCAACAAGCUGGAGUUUAUCCAGGAAAUCUCUGAGGUUCUCCUGCAGUUUGGGAUCCCGCCAGAGGGUAACCUGCACUGCAGUGACAGUGCCACCAAGCUCAAGAACCUGGUUCUUAGCGACUUGGUUAAUGACAAGAAGAAUGGGAACAUCCCCGGCAAUGCCCUCAACAUGUAUGAGCUGCUGAAAGGAAACGAGACGAUUGCCCGCCUGCAAGCUCUCGCCAAGAGAACGGGCGUGACAAUGGAAAAAAUGACCAUCACGGCUCCCCUCGUGGAGAAGGAUGGGAAAUUGCCAUGUGAGGAGGUGGAGCUGAGGGACUACAAACUGAACGUGCAGCUUCGCGAGGUUUUCGCCAAUCGCUUCACGCAGAUGUUCGCAGACUACGAGGCUUUCGUCAUCCAGGCUGCCCCUGAUAUGGAGUCGUGGCUGACAAACAGGGAACAAAUGCAAAACUUUGACAAAGCUUCCUUCCUUUCGGACCAACCCGAGCCUUACCUCCCAUUCCUUUCACACUUCAUCGAAACACAGAUGUUUGCAACCUUCAUAGACAAUAAGAUAAUCUCCCAGUGGGAAGAGAAGGACCCUUUUCUGCGAGUUUUUGACUCCCGAAUUGAGAAAAUAAGGCUAUAUAAUGUAAGGGCCCCUGCACUGCGGACGUCCAACUAUCAGAAAUGCAGCACUUUGAAAGAAGCAGCCCAAUCCAUUGAGCAGCGGCUGAUGAAGAUUGAUCACACAGCCAUCCACCCGCACUUACUUGACAUGAAGAUUGGUCAAGGGAAAUAUGAACAAGGAUUUUUCCCAAAAUUGCAAUCGGAUGUCUUGGCAACAGGACCCACCAACAACAACCGCUGGGCCAGUCGCAGCACGACCACACAGCGGAGGAAGGACCGCCUGCGGCAGCACUCGGAGCACAUCGGGCUGGAUAACGAUUUGAGAGAAAAAUACAUGCAGGAGGCGAGGAGUUUAGGAAAAAAUCUAAGGCAGCCCAAACUCUCAGAUCUCUCUCCAGCUGUGAUUGCGCAGACCAACUGCAAAUUUGUGGAAGGGUUACUGAAGGAAUGUCGCAUGAAGACUAAACGCAUGUUGGUAGAGAAGAUGGGCCAUGAAGCAGUUGAGCUGGGACAUGGAGAAGCCAACAUAACAGGUCUGGAGGAAAAUACGUUGAUUGCUAGUCUCUGUGACCUGCUAGAAAGAAUCUGGAGCCAUGGUCUGCAGGUCAAACAGGGGAAAUCUGCUUUGUGGUCCCAUUUACUUCAGUACCAGGAGAGAGAAGAGAAGCAAGAGCAUAGUGCAGAGUCCCCAGUUGCUGUUGGAACAGAAAGACGAAAGUCAGAUACAGGAAUUACUCUGCCUACUUUGAGGGUUUCUCUGAUACAAGAUAUGAGGCAUGUUCAGAACAUGAGUGAGAUAAAGACUGAUGUGGGACGAGCCCGAGCCUGGAUAAGGCUUUCUCUGGAGAAGAAGCUUUUGUCUCAGCAUCUGAAGCAGCUGCUUUCCAACCAAGCACUUGCCAAGAAACUUUACAAGCGUUACGCUUUCCUGCGCUGUGAAGAAGAACGGGAACAAUUUCUGUAUCACCUGCUCUCACUCAACGCUGUGGAUUACUUCUGCUUCACAAGCGUCUUCACCACAAUCAUGAUCCCGUAUAGGUCAGUAAUAAUUCCAAUCAAAAAACUAAGCAAUGCAAUAACGACAUCAAACCCAUGGAUCUGUGUAUCAGGAGAACUAGGAGAUACAGGCAUAAUGCAGAUUCCUAAAAACCACCUGGAAAUGACAUUUGAAUGCCAGAAUUUAGGGAAGCUGACGACCGUUCAGAUUGGUCAUGACAACUCAGGGCUACUAGCCAAGUGGCUGGUUGAUUGUGUCAUGGUCAGAAAUGAAAUAACAGGACACACGUACAAGUUUCCCUGUGGACGAUGGCUGGGAAAAGGCGUUGACGAUGGCAGUUUGGAGCGAAUACUCAUUGGAGAGCUGGUGUCUUCCACGUCUGAUGAAGAGCUGGGAAAGCAGUGCCGGACCCCACCCCAACAGAAAUCCCCUACUACGGCUCGACGACUGAGCAUCACUUCCCUCACAGGGAAGAACACCAAGCCUAAUGCAGGACAGAUCCAAGAGGGAAUUGGGGAAGCCGUGAACAAUAUUGUGAAACAUUUUCACAAGCCAGAGAAAGAGAGAGGGAGCCUUACCAUUCUGUUGUGUGGAGAAAAUGGUCUGGUUGCAGCACUGGAGCAGGUGUUCCACCAUGGAUUCAAAUCGGCUCGCAUUUUUCAUAAGAAUGUCUUCAUCUGGGAUUUCAUAGAGAAAGCUGUCGCUUAUUUUGAAACCAGUGACCAGAUUGGAGACAAUGAGGAAGCCCUUUUGCUUCAGAGAUCUUCAUGCAAAACCUUCUGUCAUUAUGUGAAUGCCAUCAAUACAGCUCCAAGGAACAUUGGAAAGGACGGCAAAUUCCAAAUUCUGGUUUGCCUGGGGACGAGGGACCACUUGCUCUCUCAGUGGAUCCCCUUGCUGGCAGAGUGCCCACCCAUUACAAGGAUGUAUGAGGAGAAUGCUCUCCUACGGGACCGCAUGACUGUCAACUCCCUUAUCCGAGUCCUACAGACAUUACAGGAUUUCAACAUCAUCCUAGAAGGAUCGCUCAUUAAAGGAGUGGAUGUUUAGCAUGGCUUUGCUGAGAACUUCAUUAUUCCUUUCCCAAGAAAGCAAACCACAACUGGAGACCUGUCAGGACCUGAACGUGAUGGUAGUGCACCACUGUAAGGCAAAGCUGCCAGUUGAAGCAGGAGUGGGAAGCCCAGCUUGUGCCCAUCUGGGACUGUCCUCUAAAGCUGCAGAAAGCUAAGAUGCAGUAUUGUAGUUUAUUUGAAACAGAAAUUUAGUAUAAAAUAGAGUAUUUUCAUGUGUUAGAUGUGUGUAAAUAUGCUACCUUCUUUAAAAAAUUAUAUUACUCUAAGAAAAUUUUCUUAGACUGAAUGUUCUUGUUCUGCCUAUGAGUAGCUUAAACCCAGGGGAAGGACUAGGGAGAGGGAAGGACUGAGGUGGGAAGGGAUGCCGCUACUUGCUUGCAAGGAAGAAGCCAAUCAAUAUGUAAAUACAGCGCAAACUCAGCAGGGCUUUUUUCAGG